ACGCGGAUGGUCUUACUACUGACAUAGAUUCGACACCAGCACCAACUCUGGAUACUCCAGCAGGUGCAACAACAAUUCCGAGUAUUCCAGCAGGUGCAACAACAAUUGCGAGUACUCCAGCAGGUGCAACAACAAUUGCGAGUACUCCAGCAGGUGCAGCAACAAUUCUGAGUACUCCAUCAGGUACAACAACUGCAAUCUCUGGCACAUCCUCUGGACAUCCUUCUUUUAUACCGACGGUUAUAAAUG